AUGCAACAAAGCGGAAUAAUAGCAGAUUGUUUGAUUGAGUUCAUGAGAGUGAGGUACUUUCUGUCUAUCAUGUUCUACAUCCGGAGUAUAGUAUUGGUGGUUUGUGCCGCCGGUGCCAUAGACGGAAAAUUUCAAUGGAGGCGGUAUCUUUUGGAUAAUGGUCCCAUUGGUUACGGGUCGGGCGGAGCGAGCCCCGGCGGCGAUCCGCUUCAUCAGGGCGGAAAUGGCAUUAAAAACAUGCAGUUCCAACAGGGCCAGUGUGUUACUCUUAAAAGUCCUUGUCGAUGUUCUAUGAAUUAUGCCGUUGAUAUUGGCUGUUUACGUUGUAACUGUGGGCAAUCAUACUAUACAGCUUCAACUCAGCAACUAUCAACGAGUAAAGCUUGGGUACCAAGCACUUCGAAAUAUCCAACAACAACAGCACCACCUGUUGCCAUGUCAACCACAAUAACCAGUCCAAAACCAACAACAACUGUCACAACGAUUGACUACUGUGAUGUUGCUAAGCAACUGUGUCAAGCUAACUGCCCGAGUGGUUAUCUGGUGGAUUCAGCUGACUGCACGUACUGUAUUUGUAAGAAAGACGCUCUUGCUGGAUAA